CAAUCUCAUAACUCAUAAGUCAUAAGAAUCAUGGAAACGCCGCGUUUUAAAGCGUGCCGUAUCGUUGUAUUCCGAAAUUAGAUUUUUCACCAUCUUCGUUUUGGGUUUUGAAACAUUGAAGAAGCGUGCGUUGCUUCUGAGGAGGAUCUAUCUAGAGACCAAAGGUUUCGAGCUCACUCUGCUAGAAAACCCUAAAAAUUGAGGCUGUUACUUCCACCGAGGACGCAUCUUAAUCAGAGGAGACUUGAUUGAUCUUCACCGUCUUCUUAAGGGAAAAGUUUUGUUAGUUCCGAUUCUAGAGUCUUUAGUUGGGGAUUAAUAUGGAUGGGAAGGGGAAGAAAUGUGGUUCCAAGAAAGAAUCUAAGGUUUUUGAUUUCGAAGAUGAUGAUGAACCUAUCGGAUCUCUCUUGAAAGUUAUGAAGCACAAAACUGCUACUAAGAGUAAAGUUGAGACUGAGACUACUGGUAAACAGAGGCAGAAAGGGGCUGUGGAGAAGAAAUUGACUCAUGUACGCAAGGAUUCUGAGGAUAUGGAUGACACCUUAGCCAGUUUUAGGAAGAGAUUGAAGGGUCACAAGAAAAGGGUUAGGAAUGACAAGGAUGUUCCUCCGGUUGAUACUGUGACUGAUUCUAAUUUGAUCCCAAGCCCUGAUAUGGCUGACGAUGCAUCUGAGCUUGGCAGGGAAGGUACUGUCAACAAAAAGAGCUUGGAUGAUAUCUAUAAAACCAAGGUUAAAUCGAGUACAAGAUCAGUGACAUUAGAGAAGGAAGCAGAUGCAGAUGAUAAAUCCAAGAGACCGCUGCCAAAUGUCGAUGUUUAUCCUCCUGUUGAUAGAAAAGAUGUUUCAGUUCCUUCUCCUGAUCAGCACAUACACCUAGGAGAGCCAGAAUCAGAGUCUGGUCAUUUCCGAGAGGAAAAAAUUGUUAUGUGUGAUUGUGGGAUCCAAUUUAAUUUUGAGGACCGUUCCCUUGAUUCUAACUCUGAGGUUGCGAUCUGUCAGAAGUGCAAGCGUUCUUCACACCGUGACGCUUCUAACGGAGGUGGUAUCCAAGUUAAUACUCUCAAAGAUGGAACUGCUGAAGCUUCCCCGGUUUCAGUAACUCCCUAUGAAGAUGAAGAUUUCCGAGGUGAUGCAGUUUCAUUACCUAAUUCUGGGAAGCCAUCCACCUUGCAACGUCCAGAGCGCAUUGCUAGAAAGCGUAAGCAUGAAAACAUGGUGUAUGGAGAAGAUAUGAAUUGGGAGAACGAGCAAGGCUUUCUGGAUUGUCAAAGUGACAAGUCCUUUAAAGGAAGCGACAAGUGUGAUUUCGGUCCAUUUAUUUCCAAGGAAUUUGAGAUUGGUAGAGCAGCUGCGGUGGCAGCUGGCCUUAAAGCCCAGUCGGUUAGUCCGGUGGAGAAGACUAUACUUAAAGAGGUAUUGAAGCGCAAAGGGAGCCAUCAGGAGUACCUACGUUGCAGGAAUUCUAUCUUAGGUCUGUGGAGUAAAAAUGUCAGCCGGAUUUUACCUGUCACCGAGUGUGUUGUUGGCCAUUCUGAGAGUGAAUUUCCUUCAGCUGGCCUUAUCAGAGAGGUCUAUAAGUUUCUUGAUCAGAGAGGAUAUAUAAAUACUGGGGUUUCAUCUGUGAGGGGAAAAGGGGGUCCUUCGACUAAUCAUGAUGAUGAUCUUUCUCAGGGGAAAAAGCUUGAAGAAAGUUCUAUGGCUUCUGUUGCAAAUUCUGACGGAGAUACUUUUAUCUUUGGUCAGGUCAAAGCCGUUGAAUCGACUAGCGAGGGUAAGAACUGUGCUCUCCAAAAUGAUGAAACAGAAAUUGUAGAAUGUGCGACCUCAGCAAUGUUGGGAUCUACCAGAAAAACAUGCGAGGCAAGCAUUAUUGACGAUUGCAAACAUUCUGUCAGCAUAAAUGCUUUACUAGCAGAUGCUAAUGCACCCAAGGUCGAAAAGUGUCCGGAAACAAUUUCAGUACGGAAGACUGUUUUGUCUAGCACACUGUCCUCUGCAAAUUGUGAUCAAAUGAGAGGAAGAGACUGUGUUCAGGGUGAGGUUGAAGAUGAGAAAAAGGUAAUAGUUAUUGGAGCCGGUCCCGCUGGAUUAACAGCAGCACGUCAUUUACAGCGCCAAGGUUUUUCUGUCACAGUUCUUGAGGCAAGAAGUAGAGUAGGUGGUCGUGUAUAUACAGACCGGUCCUCUCUUUCAGUUCCUGUGGAUCUGGGGGCCAGCAUAAUUACAGGAAUUGAGGCUGAUGUGCCAUCUGAAAGAAUGCCAGAUCCAUCAGCAUUGGUCUGUAACCAGUUAGGUCUGGAGUUGAGUGUUUUGCAUGGAUUCUGUCCCCUUUAUGAUACUGUAACAGGGGAAAAGGUUCCUCCAGAAUUAGAUGAUGCUUUACAAGGAGAGUUCAACAGUCUGAUUGAUGAUAUGGAUUUGCUUGUUGAGGAGAUAGGCAAGGAUAGAGCAAAUAAAAUGUCGCUCGAGGAUGGUCUAGAAUAUGGCCUCCAGCGGCUGAGGAUGCCACAUGAGAAGGUGAACAUUGAAAGAUUCGGGAUUGGCAAUUCAAUUAAUGGUUCAUUCUCAAGAACAGGCAUCACUGGUACCUUUAAGCAUGAUGGAAGGUUAAAAGAGGAUUUUUUGAAUCCGUUGGAGCGAAGAGUUAUGAAUUGGCAUUUUGCUCAUACAGAGUAUGGUUGUGCUGCUGUCCUCAAGGAAGUUUCGCUUUCUAACUGGAAUCAAGAUGAGUUUUAUGGCGGGUUUGGAGGGCCACAUGCUAUGAUUAAAGGUGGUUAUAGCAGAGUUGCUGAGUCGCUUGCUGAAGGACUUGAUAUUCGCUUGAACAAUGUAGUUUCUGAGGUAUCUUAUGCCUCUGAUGUCUCCGCCAUGCAUAACAACAAGCAUAAAGUAAUAGUUAGUACAUCAAAUGGUGGUGAGUAUCUUGGAGAUGCUGUUCUGGUUACUGUUCCUCUUGGGUGCUUGAAAGCAGAAACCAUUAAGUUUUCACCACCGUUGCCGGACUGGAAAUAUUCAUCAAUCAAACAACUUGGUUUUGGAGUUCUAAAUAAAGUUGUGUUGGAGUUCUCAAAGGUAUUUUGGGAUGAUAGCUUGGAUUAUUUUGGGGCAACUGCUGAGGAAACCGAUCAAAGAGGUGAAUGUUUUAUGUUUUGGAAUGUCAAAAAAACUGUUGGUGCUCCCGUUCUGAUAGCUUUGGUGGUUGGGAAGGCUGCGGUUGACUAUAAAGACAAGAGUAAGUCUGAGCAUGUGAAUCAUGCAAUGAUGGUUCUUCGGAAGCUUUUUGGUGGGGAUCUGGUGCCUGAUCCUGUUGCUUCGGUAGUUACUGACUGGGGCGCUGAUCCUUACAGUUAUGGUGCCUACUCAUAUGUUGCUAUUGGUGCCUCUGGUGAAGAUUAUGAUGUACUGGGAAGGCCUGUUCAGAAUUGUUUGUUCUUUGCUGGUGAGGCAACAUGCAAAGAGCAUCCUGACACUGUCGGUGGCGCAAUGAUGACUGGAGUCCGGGAAGCUGUGCGUAUAAUCGAUAUAUUAAGAAGUGGAAAUGAUUAUACAGCUGAAAUAGAAACACUAGAAAAGGCGCAGAGGAAAUCUGUAUCUAUAAGGGAUGAAGUCAGCGACCUAAUAAAGAGACUUGAAGUUGUUGAGCUGUCUAAUGUGUUGGCUAGACACUCAUUGCUUCGGAACAUGUUCUUCUCUGCCAAAACAACUGUUGGGCGUUUGCAUCUAGCCAAGGAGUUGCUUAACCUACCUGGUGAAACCUUGAAAUCCUUUGCUGGUACAAAAGAAGGGCUUACAGUGCUGAACUCUUGGAUCCUGGAUUCGAUGGGGAAGAAUGGAACCCAGCUUUUACGUCAUUGUGUACAUAUUCUUGUUCGAGUUACGAGCGAUCUCUUUGCCGUGAGGCUCUCAGGCAUUGGAAAGACUGUGAAAGAAAAGGUUUGUGCACACACGAGCCGUGAUAUCCGUGCCAUUGCAAGUCAGCUUGUUAAUGUGUGGUUGGAACUUUACCGGAAAGAAAAAGCUAAUAGGGAAAUGAAAUCAUUGAGACGAACAAACCCUACAAAUAUCUCUAGAAUAAGAAGAAAGCAGAAUAGUGAGGAUGCAGACAGUAAGGGAAAUCUUAGCAAUGGCAACUAUACGACAACAGAUGGAGAGAUUGAGGACAACCAGCUACCUAUGUCAGAGGAAGAAAAGGCUGUGUUUGCUACAGCUGAGGCUGCUCGUGUAGCAGCUGAAGCAGCUGCAAAGGCAUUUUCUGAGGCCUAUCAAAGUACUUCAUUGCAGCUUCCUAAGAUUCCCUCGUUCCAUAAAUUUGCCAGGCGAGAGCAGUAUGCAAAAAUGGACGAAUCUGAUUUUAAGAAAAAGUUUCCAGGCAACGUCUUAGGAAGACAAGAUUGUAUGUCAGAGAUAGACUCUAGGAACUGCAAAGUUCGGGACUGGUAUGAUUUCCCUGCCUCCUGUCUUGACCCUGACAGUUCAAGGGUUCAGGUCGACAAUUGUUCACAGCGUAGCCAUUCGAAUGAACUUGGAUCUCAUUCAAAGUUCAGAGAAUGUUCUAGAGAGAGUGGGGCUGCGGAAACCAGUGUUUUUACCGGGGCAUGGGUUGAUACUGGCGGUAGUAGCGAUGGUGUCAAGGAUUACAAUGCAAUAGAUAGAUGGCAAUCUCAAGCUGCUGCUGCUGAUCCUGAAUUUUUCAACCGUGCGUUGCAUAUGAAGGAUGAAGAAGGUUCGAUGGCAUGUUCGACGGGUCCUCCUAGUUGGAAGCAUGACCAACCCGCGAAUGAAGGUUCUAUGUCACAGGUUACAGUGAAUAAAGAGCCACGUAAAAGUCAUAUCAGGGGUGCAGAUCGGUUGAAACAGGGGGUUGUAGAUUUUGUUGCAUCGUUGCUUAUGACCCCAUAUAGAGCAAAGAAAAUUGAUAGAGAUGUAUACAAGUCAAUAAUGAAGAAGACAGCAACAAAGGUAAUGCAGCAAACAACAGACGCGGAGAAAGCCAUGGCUGUUCCCCAAUUCCUUGACUCAAAGCGGAAAAACAAGAUUCGUGACUUUGUGGACAAACAAGUUGACAAGUACAUUGCGAUGGCUAAAGUUGCAAAACCUUGAUGGCCGUUUUGAGCGACAGUAAUGGCCAAUAGUACUUGAGUUGGUGGUAUCUGCUAAAGGAUGGCAAAGCCCCUUCUCGCAUAAACGACAUAUCAUUGCUCAUUUAUGAAGAAGCUUUUUCAAAGAAUCAGAUGCUCUCGGAUGAUAAAUGUUUUUCAACUCAUGCUGAUUGUUUUUAGUUUUGUAUAGAGCUCACGAUUUAGUGUUAACCCCCAUUAGUCAAUUUUUUUUCCUUCAGGUAUCUCUGAAUACAUUUCUUGAGAUUCAUAUAUCAUUUCCAGAACCCAAGAGAAAAAGCGUUUCAUUUUUUUUA